GUAGACAUGACCAUGUCCCGCUUUCACUUCAGCUGCUCCAUUGGCGCCAUGCAGUUGUAAUAGUGAAGCACUCGACCGCAACGCGCGACCCCACUUCUACUUAACCCAGGUGCCUCUUCUCUUACCCGUCGAACCUACACCUCAGCUUGGAAUUCAACGACUGGUGCCCGCAACUUCUCAAUUCCCGCGAUGAAGCUCUCUCUACUCCUCUUCACGGUACUCGCCGCCAUCGCCGUUGCAGUACCUGAUCUCCGUGUGCACAAAGUCGGGUCGAAUGGAAUCCUCAUUCCCGACGCCCUAUCCACUCGCGAUGCGGAGAUGCGCGCGAUGGCUAGUGGCGGCGACCUCUUCCCCCGUGCCAACAAGCACAAAGUGCUCGUUAAAAUGGGCAACAACAAGCAGAACGUCGGCGACCUUCUGGGGUCCUCGCUCUACAGUGCUGUCUGGCACGCCAUCGACGACCUCUGCCCGCGCGCACCCGGCAACUCCUCCUGCCACCAGGAGCAUGGCUACCCCUUCACCAAGAGCAUCCCGGUUAAUUAUCGCAAAGGAGAGGAGGUGAAGGUUGGGAGUAUGGAGCUUUUUGUGAGGGGAGGCUGGUAUGGCAAGAAUGAUCCGCUGAGGAAGCUGAUGAUCGGGACGAUUGCGGGGGUUGUGGAGCGGAUGAGCUUGGAUGAGAAGAACUGCUACAAAUUUGGCGACAACAAGCACUUCUGUAACAUCGCCGACUAUGUGGAAGUCGUCGCCCCGGACGGCAAUUACAUCCAGGUGUACUUCGACAACAAGACCAAAGAAGGACACUUCGAUUGCGUCGCUAUCAAGGAAGCUGGGCUGAAGAGCAUGAUGCGCCUGAAUAAGGAGUACAAUGACGCGUUGGCGCGUGGGGGUGUGGAUAUGAGUAUUGAGUGCCUGCGCAAGGAGGUGACUUAGUCGGACAUAGGGAGGAGAGAUGAGGAAGACGGCUGUUCCUGGAUGGAUGGAUCUCGCGUCUUGAGCGGUGUAGGGCAUGAUCUCAUUUCCGUUGAUCUUCCGCGCUCGACUAGGUUGUCGUCCGCAUACGCCACGGGAUUCGUGUGAGAAUGCUCCUGGCUAUGGGUCCUUCGAGACCGAAG